AUGGGGGACAGUCCCGAGCUGCAGUACUUUUCCAAUAUGACUAAACAAAAUGAGAAGAGAAAGCAGGAAAAUGCAAAGCCCCUCUGCCCACAGUCUGUGCCCCCGGGGAACUCAGGCGAUAACCUCCUCUUGAUGGUGUGUUUUGUUUGUGUUGUUACUCCAGGUCUGGUGAGCUGUACCUUCUAUCUGGCCGUGAGUGGUCUCUAUUCCUCCGGUGAUGAUGUAAUCGAACUGACGCCAUCAAAUUUCAACCGAGAAGUUAUUGAGAGCGACAGUUUGUGGCUCGUAGAAUUCUAUGCACCAUGGUGUGGCCACUGCCAGAGGUUAACCCCAGAAUGGAAGAAAGCAGCAACUGCAUUGAAAGGUAUUAUCAAAGUGGGUGCCGUUGAUGCAAACACACAUCAGUCCUUAGGAGGACAGUAUGGUGUCCAGGGAUUUCCUACCAUCAAGAUUUUUGGAUCCAACAAGAACAGACCGGAAGAUUAUCAAGGUGGCAGGACUGCGGAAGCCAUCGUGGAUGCCGCGCUCAGUGCCGCGAGACAGCUCACCAAGGACCGCCUCGGGGGAAGGGGCGGUGGGAAACAAGGCAGGAGUGAAAGUUCCAGUAAGAAAGACGUGAUUGAGCUGACAGACGACACGUUCGAUAAGAGCGUCCUUGAUAGUGACGACGUCUGGAUGGUUGAGUUCUACGCUCCGUGGUGUGGACACUGUAAAAACCUGGAGCCUGAAUGGGCUGCCGCCGCAUCGGAAGUCAAAGAGCAAACAAAAGGCAAAGUGAAACUAGCAGCUGUAGAUGCUACAGCUAAUCAGAUGCUAGCCAACCGGUACGCGAUCAGGGGAUUCCCUACAAUCAAAAUUUUUCAGAAAGGCGAGUCUCCUGUGGAUUAUGAUGGCGGUCGCACAAAAUCCAACAUCGUUUCUCGAGCCUUAGAUUUGUUUUCUGAUAACGCCCCGCCUCCUGAGCUGCUUGAGAUCACCAGCGAGGACGUUGCCAAGAAGACGUGUGAGGAUCACCAGCUCUGCGUGGUGGCCGUGCUGCCCCAUAUUCUCGACACUGGGGCUUCUGGCAGAAAUUCUUAUUUGGACGUUCUUCUGAAGUUGGCAGAGAAAUACAAAAAGAAAAUGUGGGGGUGGCUGUGGGCAGAAGCUGGUGCCCAGGGUGAGCUUGAGAACGCCUUGGGAAUUGGGGGCUUUGGCUAUCCGGCAAUGGCAGCCAUCAACGCACGCAAGAUGAAGUUUGCUCUUCUGAAAGGGUCUUUCAGCGAGCAGGGCAUCAAUGAAUUUCUCAGGGAGCUUUCUUUCGGACGCGGAUCUACGGCACCUGUAGGUGGCGGGGUUUUCCCUAAAAUUAGCACCACGGAACCUUGGGAUGGCAAGGAUGGUGAGCUUCCUGUGGAAGACGACGUCGACCUGAGCGACGUGGAGCUGGACGACCUGGGCAGGGACGAGCUGUGAGCACAGCGGGAGGCCGGGCUCCCUUUUCUGGGGAGCAGGACUGUCCGGCAGGGAGGACACCUUCUUAUGGGGUCAGAUGGAUGGCCCAGGGGCGCAGCGGUUGCUCGGCCAUCUGAGACCUCUGCAGCAGUGAACUUUUGCAUCUCAAGAAAACACUGAAAAAUUCUAUGAGUUGUAGCCGGUGAAUUGGAUUGUAUCCUGCCAAGUAAUAUUUGGAAGAAAACUGCUGGCUUCUUGAAGCGUUUCCAUCCCUACCUGCUGCUUGAAUGUUCUUUGAGGCUGUUUCCUAUGUGUUUUUUAAUGUGAUUCCCUCGUUUGAAUAUUAAUGGCUUUUUCCAUUAAAGAAUAAAACAAUAUUUUGGA